UCAAUAUCACCUCUGCAAUCUCUCACAAGCCAAUACAGCUGCUGUAGUUCAGCCGAUCGACGCCAUUAGUGCCCCGCGCGCUACUAUUGAUUUCGCUCUCCCUUCAUCCCUCCCUCACACCUAACUUACAAUCAUCAUCUCUAUCUGUCCAUCAUGAACUGGCUCAAGUCUACGUAUGCUAUCUCUCCGUGUUGCGGGCACUCAGGAGCCCAUCUACGGCCCGAGGCCAUUCAGUCUGUCGCCCAACAAGCUCAACAGACCCCUUAUACCGAGUUGACCAAGGACGACCUGCGGUGGCGCGCCUAUCAAUAUACCAAUGUUGAAACUGAGACCUUUUAUGUGAUGGCCGACAAUGGCACCCUGGUCAUGGUGCAGGUCAUCUACUCCAACAUCGCAGGAAUCCACACUACUGCGCAAUUCAACUCAAAGAUCUUUAACCUCAAAGGCGAUCAACCCCACAUCUGGCACUCCGACCCCCUGUACAACUACAUGUUCGAUGAGAACAUGCUGUCCUUCGGAGCCGACAAUCUCGCCUUGACGCUGAACGAGGAGGGAACUGCAUACACCAUCAAGUCCGCCGUCAACGAGGACAGCCUGGUGAAUCUGACCUUCACCCGCGCCGCCCCCGGUUUUGUCGUAGGAAAGGACGGCACAUCUUACUUCGGGACUGAUCCCGCGAACCCCUGGGGCUCCAUGAUGCAUGCCUUCUGGCCUCGGUGCCGUGUUGAGGGUACAAUUACGACGAAGGAGAAGACCUAUGACCUCACCGGUCGGGGAAUGUUCAUUCAUGCCAUCCAGGGCAUGAAGCCCCAUCACGCUGCUGCACGAUGGAACUUUGUCAACUUCCAGACCCCGUCGUACUCUGCCGUCAUGAUGGAGUACACCACACCGCCCUCGUACGGCUCGACGGUCGUCAAUGUCGGUGGAAUCGUCAAGGAUGACGAGAUUAUCUAUGCCGGUGCAACGAACUCGGCUACCCACACCGCGUCGGCCCAUGACGCGGAUAGCGACUGGUCUGCUCCAACUUCCAUCAAGUGGGUCUGGGAGGGCAAGUCGAAGGACGAGAAGGAUGUCCACGCAGAGCUCGAUGGGCCCCUUGGUGACCGGCUGGACCGCGUCGAUGUCAUGGCUGAAGUACCAGGCUUCGUCAAAACCAUCGCAGGAAGUGUUGCUGGGACGCGGCCGUACAUAUUCCAGUAUUCUCCCCAAGAGAAACUGUCUCUGAAGCUCAAGAUCGGCGACGAGGAGUUCUCAGAGGAGGGUUCUAUGUUCUCUGAGGCUACGUUCAUCUCGUGAAUGACUCUACGUACAUAUAUCACACCUGACAGGAACUUGUCUGUGGCGUUUUGAGUAUUAUUUUGCCCAUUCUCGUUGAUAAUCAUAAAUCGCGCAACCUGCGUGACCCUAAUUACUCAUAUAAAGAAUUCUUUUAAUGCUAUUCAUACUUGCCAAAUCUC